CAGACAAAAAGGGAAAGGAAGUUUCUAGUCCUAGCCGGGAAUGUUCCGGACAGGAGCUGACAGACGGGUACUGAAGACACACCCUCCAUGCUCUCCUUCUCCCUUUCCUCCCUCAUUGUUCCCACACUCCAGGCUUCGUGUCCGCUGCAUACCUUUUUGGAUUAUUCGUGCGCAAAGACAACUAACUUUUAUUCAUUUUUAACAGUGUGAUCAUGUCAGUCGGCCUACAAAGCGAAGAAAGCCAGAGUGUCGCCUAAUUAGGAUGAGAGUUGAAGUCCGGUGGACAUUUUAAAGCGGCGGUGCGUUCACGGACACACGCGGUGAGGGAGGACCAUAGGCGGUGCGUUCACGGACACACGCGGUGAGGGAGGACCAUAGGCGGUGCGUUCACGGACACACGCAGUGAGGCAGGACCAUAGGCGGUGCGCGCACGGACACUUGGUGACGCCUUCAGGGACCGGCAGGUGGAGGUGCAGGUGUGUGCGCCAUUAAUCCCAGCAGAGAUGAAGUGACGCGGGACCUUCAGGGAAGUGUCCGUGAUUGUUGGAACGAGAGGAGAGGGUCUCCUGGCCUCCAUAGCGGGGAUGGAGCCGGACACAAGUCGCCCGGAGCUGAGGAGCGUCACCGGGAGGAGGAGUGACCGACACCCGGGUACCCUCCACCUGCCGCGGGCUCUCUUUUUCCUCGCCACCUUGACCGUGCAACCACAGGCGGUGCGCGCAGUCGGGAUGUUUGAGCUCCAGAUCCGUCACUACCAGAACCCCAACGGACUCCUGCUGAACGGCGACUGCUGCGACCUGCAGGUGGGCGAGGGCCAGCGCUGCUCCUCCAGAGACCAGUGCGACACUUUCUUCCGGGCCUGCCUCAAGGAGUACCAGAACCGCGUGGUCCCUGCCGGAACCUGCACCUUUGGCUCGGGCGCCACCAAAGUCCUGGGCGGGAACUCCCAGUUACUGCGCCGCCGUGGUCACGAUGGUGGAGAGGAUGGCGCCGUGGGACUGGUGGUCAUUCCCUUCAAAUACGCCUGGCCGAAGUCCUUCUCUCUGGUGCUGGAGGCCUUGGACCGUGACAACGACACAUCGCAAUCAGAUCCGCUGAUUGAGCGUGUGCUUCUCUCCUCCAUGUUGAACCCUGGAGAGGAGUGGCAGACGCACCGCCACCACGGCACCGCCUUCAGCCUGGAGUACCGCCUCCGCUUCCGCUGCGACACCAACUACUACGGACCUUUCUGCAACAAGUUCUGCCGGGCCCGGGAUGACUUCUUCGGACACUUCAAUUGUGACCUCGCUGGCUCCAAGGUCUGCAUGGAGGGCUGGACAGGACCAGAGUGCAAAGAAGCGCUGUGCAAGCAAGGAUGUCACCAGGCCCACGGCUCCUGCACGCUGCCUGGAGAAUGCAAGUGUCACUACGGCUGGACGGGGCCUCUGUGUGACCGCUGUGUGACCUUCCCCGGGUGUGUGUACGGCAGCUGUGGUGAACCAUGGCAGUGUGUGUGUGACGUCAACUGGGGAGGUCUGCUGUGCGACAAAGACCUGAACUACUGUGGGACUCACCAACCCUGCAAGAACUCCGGCACCUGCACCAACACCGAGCCCAACGAGUACCAGUGUGAGUGCCAGGAAGGUUUCAAAGGACGCAACUGUGAACUUGGUGAGCACUGCUGCCUAUUGUGUGAAUGUAGGCUGGGCGAUAUGGCCUUUUUUUAAUUGGAGAACCCCACUGGCUUCAGCUGCAUCUGUGCUGAUGGCUGGACGGGACUGACUUGUGCAGACGCGGUGAAGCGAUGCGACCGAAGUCCAUGUGGACGAGGUGCAACAUGUCAGGAGACUCCGGGAGGUUACCGCUGCCUCUGCCCGCCCGGAUGGAGCGGCAGGACCUGCCAACUGGACACAGAUGAGUGCGAGAGGAACGUUUGCGUUCACGCUCGUUCUUGCCGGAAUCUAAUCGGCGGAUACCUGUGCGACUGCCUUCCUGAAUGGGCGGGGCCAAACUGCGACAUCAGGAACGCCAGCUGUGAGGGGCGGUGCCUCAAUGGUGGACGUUGCCAGGACCAGAUUUUAGGGCCCGGAUGUUCGUGCCCGCCGGGUUUCUCAGGAAGACGUUGCCAAAUCCGCCGCGACCCGUGUGACAGCGACCCCUGUCUGCACGGAGGGCGGUGCGUGGAGAGGGACGGAUGGACCGCCACCUGCGACUGUCCUUUUGGAUAUUCUGGAAUCUUCUGUGAGGUGGCGUUGGAUCUUUGCAACCCCAACCCUUGCCAGCAGGGGGCGCCCUGUCACAGCGUGGAUGGCAGCUACAUGUGCGCCUGUCCUGAGGGUUACUAUGGCAACCAGUGCCUGAGCCUGAAGAAUCCUUGUUUUGGUCCCCACUGUCCAGGUGCCAUGCUGGACACCACCCCCGGGAGCCUGGGCUUCUACGUGGUCCUGGCGGGCGUCUCAGCUCUGGUGGUGCUGUGCGUCUGCGCCGCCUGCACCUUCGUGCUCGCCUACGUCCGCCACGGGCGCCGAAAGCAGCGGGCGACCCCGCCGGAAGACGGCAUCAACAACCAGAGGGAGUUUGUCACCCUCAUCCGGAACGUGGAGCGCCCCCCCGUCCCCGUCCCCGUGCCCCUGGUCCUGUCCUCCGCCCCCCUCGGCGAGACGGCGGACCACGCCUCCGCGACCGACGCCACGGCCCCGCGUCGCUACGAGGAGAUUGAACUCACCGUCCCGCAUCCCUCCCCUGCGCCGAAGAGGGCCGGCGCUGCAAAAGUGGACAUUUCCAAUCAGGAGCGGGAGAAGCUGAACCGCAUCCACUGCACAGACAACCAGGAGCUCCACAUCUGACCUUUGAACCCUAGGUCUUGCACGGCCUCGUGUUUUUAACAUGCACACUUUGCACUCUUCCGCUCACAGGGUCCGCUUUUCCAGUGUGGAGGUCCUUGCUCGGGAUCUGCUCGGAUGUCUUUGAAGGCACCGUGACCUUCUACUCCGUGACCUUUGAGUGCCUACAAUUCUGUCCCAGAGCUGAUGGCCUAUUUGGAGUUGAUGCCAGGGGUGAAUGGAUGAUUAUUUAAAGUCCAACUGAAUGAAUGUUUGUAUGUAUUUCCAAGGGAAACAAACCACCGUGCUGAGGACAAGACCUGGAGAGUCGGCCUGGAUGUCAGAAACCUCAGACUUGUGCUUUAAAGCCUCAUGAAAUUGUGAUUUUUUUUACUACAGUGGCCUGUGUUGUCUUUGUGAUGCUACACUUUGUCAAUUACACAUUUCUACACGUCAAAUAUUGUUUGUAUAUAAAUGUACUGUACAUAGGUUUUUGUACUGUGGUUUGGUAUGAGAUGACCUUUGUUGUGUUCCUUGGUCUGUGAUGACCUUCUGUGGGCGCAGCAGCAACAUGUAUAUGGUGAUAAAAGUGCAUUUAUCACUUUG